AUGGGCUCCCUCCCCGAUUUGCCUCAUGGCUCCUCCCCGGAUCUCGCACUCGUCCAUCCGACCCAGGAAGAGAAGCUCAUCCAAUUCAACCUUAAUGGUGCAGAAUGGCGAGGUGCCCUUUCCCAAGAAGCCUACCUUCGCCGAGAAGAUAUUCUAUCCCAGCAAGAUCAGACAAAAGAUGGAGGAAUAUCCUAUUGGGUUUUGGUCGAUGAAUCUGCAAAGAAUAAUCCCCUGGACCCUGCGUCAUCGGCACGGCUGCCACUCGCAAGUUGUGAAACUUAUCGCAAGAAAGCGCUUGUUUGGCAGGAUGGUGAAGUAAAAGAGACGAUAUGCCAUGGCAUCGGGAGCGUAUUUUGCGCGCCGCAUUUGCGAGGAAGGAAGUACGCUCAGCGGAUGAUGCAGGAGCUCGGCGAGGCAUUAAGGACGUACCAAAUAGAUGAGAACACAGACUGCAUGUUCUCGGUGCUAUUCUCCGAUAUUGGGAAGAAAUUCUACUCCGGCUUUGGCUGGGAAGUCUUCCGGUCGUCACACGUCUCUCUACCGGGCAGCACGUCGAAAGUGAAAGAUUCCGGAAGCCUGCCCACGGCGCGGCCGCUCCACGAAGAAGACCUGGCGGAGCUGUGCAAAAUCGACGAAGAGCUUAUUCGCAAAAGCCUGCAGAGCCGACCCAAAGGCAGCCACACCGCUGUAGCGCUUGUACCCAAUGUUGCAAACAUCAAGUGGCACCAUGCUCGCGAGGAAUUCGUUGGGGGCGAGCUGCACGGAAAGGCGCCGAGGGUGAAGGGUGCCAUCGUAGGUACCGAGAAAGGCAAGCGUGUGUGGUGCUACUGGACGCGCAUGUGGUACAACCCAGAUGCUACACAGGCGAAGGGCAACACGCUGCACAUUUUGAGGAUAGUAGUAGAAGAUCAGGGUCAUUCAAGCUGGGAAGGCAGCGGGACAAGCCACGCCGACAAUGCCUCGAGCGACCACUCCCAUGACGCAGCGAUCGCGGCGCUUUUCUACGCUGCCCAGCAGCAGGCAGAGGAGUGGAAGAUGGAGCAUGUUGAGGCGUGGAAUCCGUCUUCUGCGACCUUGGCCGCAGCUCAGAUGCUCGAUCCUAGCGCGAAGCUGAUCAACAGGGACAUGGAAAGUAUAGCAAGCUUGAAGUGGUAUCCCCAGCAUGACGGCCCUGUGGCCGAGUCCAUCGACUGGAUAGGCAACGAGAAGUACGGAUGGUGUUGA